AUGUCCUCAUCGCGUCCGAGGAAUCAACUCUCUUCCUCUUCCUCUUCUUCGUUUCCCUCGUUGUCGUCCCCCGUUUCGCGCCUGAGGCCGCAACAUUCUCCUCCAUCAUCGUCAUCAUCAUCGUCAACAACGACAGCUUCCUCCCUCUCCACCAAUCUCCUGUUCUUCCUCAUCGCCUUUCGUCUUCUCAACGCCUUCACCGUUCGUACCUUCUUCCAGCCUGAUGAAUUCUUCCAAUCGCUUGAGCCCGCAUGGAAGACCGCGUUUGGAGACAAUCAGGGGGCCUGGAUAACCUGGGAAUGGAAGCACCAACUGAGAUCCUCCAUCCAUCCUCUCAUCUUCGCCGCUGUCUACUCCGCCGCCGAUCUCGUCGCACAGCUUCUCCGUCUCUCCCCCGCAACCCGCGCGGAUCUCCUCGUCGCCGCCCCUAAGACCGCGCAGGCCGUGAUCGCCGGGGUCGGGGAUUUUUAUACCUGGAAGUUGGCUCGAUAUGUGUAUGGUGCUCGAAGCUACGAGGCCUGGGCUACUCUCGUCCUCACGGUGGUUAGCCCUUGGCAGUGGUUCUGUUCCACCCGGACUCUGUCCAACUGCCUCGAAACCACGAUCACCAUCGUCGCUCUCUACUUCUGGCCUUGGUCUUGGUCAUUAAAUUCCAGUUCAUCGGCGGGACAGCGGAGGACGACACGCGCAGCCAGCAGGGAGCGCCGUGAGAGGAAGCACUCCGCGGAUUCGAGUCGGGCGAAACGAUUGCGCCGAUGCCUUGUCCUCGCGGCCAUCGCAUGUAUCCUACGGCCGACAAACGUCCUCAUCUGGUUGACUCUAGCCGGUGUCGCAUGGCUUCGGACUUCUUGGGAACAGAGAAAGACCCUUGUGCGCGAGGCAUUGCUGUGCGGUUCCGCCGUCCUGCUCCUCUCGGUCCUUAUAGAUCGCCUGUUCUACGGAUUUUGGACCUUUCCUCCCCUGCGAUUCUUGCAUUUCAACAUUGCGCAAUCUCUGGCCGUUUUCUAUGGGAAGAAUGACUGGCACUAUUACCUCUCGCAGGGUUUCCCGCUCCUCCUGACCACGGUGCUACCAUUCACCCUGGUCGGCCUGUAUCGCGCCUUGGCCCAGCUACGACUGUCUGCAUCGGGACAGUUGCAGCCGCUCAUGCCGGCCCAGCUGGCAUUGAUAAGCGUGAUCAUGCCUUUUGUGCUCUCCCUCAUCUCGCACAAGGAAGUGAGGUUCAUCUAUCCACUGCUACCAUCGCUCCACAUCUUGACGGCGCCGCCGCUGGUCGACUACUUCAUGCCUGCCGUGCUCCGUUCGUCACGGUCAUACAUGCCCCGGAGACUCACUCUGAUCUUUCUCUUGCUGGUUAAUGUUGUCAUCGCGCUGUACACCACCAUCACGCACGCAUCCGGCCCACUCAACACGCUCUCUUACCUCCGGCAACAACAUGAUGCCCACUCCAGUCCACCCUCCGCGCUGGAUCAUUCGAACAACGACCAUUCCGAGCGCGGCAUCACGGCAGGAUUCCUCAUGCCCUGCCACAGCACCCCUUGGCGCUCCCACCUCGUCUACCCCACCAUCCACGCCUGGGCUCUAUCCUGCGAACCUCCCGUCGGCCUCACCGACGCCCAAAAAGCCACCUACCUCGAUGAAGCAGACCAGUUCUACGCCAACCCCGCCCAGUUCCUGCGCGAGCACAUGAUCGGCGGCCUCCGCCACAUCCCCCGCAAACCAUCCUACCUCUCCCCCUCACAGCCACCACCGUCGCAGUCGCAACUCAACCCGCCCAGCACCACCCACAACUGGCCUGACUACCUCAUCUUCUUCGCCCAGCUCGAACCCACCCUCCGCAGCCUCCUCCGCGCCUCCUCCUACGCCGAAUGCCAGCGCACCUUCAACACCGCCUGGCACGACGACUGGCGCCGCACCGGUGACAUCGUGGUCUGGUGCCUCGAUCCCGCCGAGCAGCAGGCCUGGCGCACCGCCACCCGCCAGCGCGAAACCGAGUCCCGCGAACGCCAAUUCGACCGCAUCGUCGAAGGCUUCCGCCGCGAGGCAAGUGGGAAGCACCGCAGCUGGAACUGGAACCGGGGGUGGGACCUCGUCCCCUUCCGCUCAUGGUUCUCGUCCACGCCGUCGCUGUCGCUGUCCCUGCCCGCGCUUUCGUGGCCGUCCGCUUCAUGGUCUCCCUGGCCGUGGCCGGCUACCACCUCGUGGUCGUGGCCAUGGCAGCCCAAGCGGCGGACCUGGUUCGGUGUCCCGAUUCCACAGCUCUGGACGGCACGGUCGCCGUGGACGAUGCGCGCCGGCGCGGGCACGAGCGACUGGUUCAAGGGCUGGGGAGGGAAGAACAGCAAGAGCAAGAGCAAGAGCAAGAAGAGUUUGGAUCGAGAUCUCUGGUCUUGA